CCGGUGGCGGGGCCGGGCCGCAGCCGGGCCGGCCGGGGGGGCGGGGGGCGGCCAGGGGUGUCUGCCGGGCAGCGGGAGCGGGGCGCUUCCGCGGGGCAGGGCCCGGCCUCAGCCCAAAAACAUCCGGCUGGGCCGGGCACGGCACCCCGCCCGCUCUGCCCGCUGCCCGGCACCCCCUGUGGGGUCCCAGCCCGCCGCGGGGCCCCUGCCCGCCACCGUGCCCUGGGGUCCCUGCCCGCCAUGGGCGCCUUGCCUGCCGUCCUGCCGUGGGAUCUCUGCCUGCCAUGGGCACCCUGCUUGCUGUCCUGUCACGGGCCCCUGCCUGCCGUGGGUCCCCUGCCAUCCUGCCGUGGCUCCUCUGCCAUCCUGCCACGCAUCCCCUGCAUGUUGUGGGCUCUCUGCCUGCUGUUGGCCCCCUGCCCACCCUGGUCCCAUGCCUGCCACUGAUCGUGGAUUCCCUCCCACAGGAGAUGGAGCUGGAGCCCCGGGGGAACGGCCUGGAGCCAGUGGGGCACUACGAGGAGAUUGAGAUCUCGGAGAGCAGUGUCAACAACGGCCCCGAGCACAUCGGGCCCCACUGCUUCGAGCUGCUCCGCGUCCUGGGCAAGGGUGGCUACGGCAAGGUGUUCCAGGUCCGCAAAGUGCAGGGCACCAACACGGGGAAGAUCUUCGCCAUGAAGGUCCUGAAGAAGGCCAAGAUCGCCUGCAACGCCAAGGACACGGCGCACACCCGGGCUGAGAGGAACAUCCUGGAGGCCGUCAAACACCCCUUCAUCGUUGACCUCAUCUAUGCCUUCCAGACGGGUGGCAAGCUCUACCUCAUCCUGGAGUGCCUCAGCGGUGGAGAGCUCUUCAUGCAGCUGGAGCGGGAGGGCAUCUUCCUGGAGGACACUGCCUGUUUCUACCUGAGCGAGAUCACACUGGCGCUGGGCCACCUGCACUCCCACGGCAUCAUCUACCGCGACCUUAAGCCAGAGAACAUCAUGCUCAACAGCCAAGGGCACAUCAAGCUGACAGACUUUGGGCUGUGCAAGGAGUCGAUCCAUGACGGGGCUGUCACCCACACCUUCUGCGGCACCAUCGAGUACAUGGCCCCCGAGAUCCUGGUGCGCAGCGGGCACAACCGGGCGGUGGACUGGUGGAGCCUGGGCGCCCUGAUGUACGACAUGCUCACAGGAUCGCCCCCCUUCACCGCCGAGAACCGCAAGAAGACCAUCGACAAGAUCCUCAAGGGCAAGCUGGUGCUGCCGCCGUACCUGACGCCCGAUGCACGGGACCUGCUCAAGAAGUUCCUCAAGAGGAACCCCAACCAGCGGGUUGGUGGGGGGCCAGGUGAUGCCGCCGAUGUACAGAAGCAGCCCUUCUUCCGCCACAUCAACUGGGAGGACCUGCUGGCACGCAGGCUGGACCCCCCCUUCAAACCCUGCUUGUCGGAGGAGGAUGUCAGCCAGUUCGACACCCGCUUCACCCGCCAGACGCCUGUAGACAGCCCAGAUGAUGCUGCCAUCAGUGAGAGUGCCAACCAGGCCUUCCUGGGCUUCACCUACGUGGCCCCCUCAGUGCUGGAGAGCAUCAAGGAGGGGUUCUCCUUCCAGCCCAAGGUGCGCUCCCCCCGCCGCCUCAACAGCAGCCCCUGCACCCCUGUCAGCCCGGUCAAGUUCUCCCCCUUCGAGGCAUUCAAGCCGGGGACGACAGGGGAGCUGAUGGAGCUGGGGCCCAGCCUGCCCCCCCCGCCUGAGGGCACGGCCCCACUGCCCAUCAAGACCUCCGUGGGUGCCAAGAAGCAGAAGGGGGGGCGGGGGCGGGUGCCCAGGUAGCGGUGGGGGUGUGUGUGGGGGCACGACCUGGGGGAAGACACCGCGUGCCAAUGGCGGAGGGGCCUGGUGCCCCCCAUGGGGUGUGUGUGGGGGGGGCCCGCGAUGCUGUUUGUGCUCUGGGUGCUGUGGGCACGGCCCUCCCCUGGCACGGCCUGCCUGCUGCCUAGCAGGGUCGGGUUUGGGGGAGCAGGACCCCCGCGGUGUGGCGGCAGGGCCCCCUUGGGGUGUGGCCCUGCGGUGCGGCCCCCCCCGGCGGCGGGCUGGUUGCUGGAUGUGUGCUAAUUAAAAGACUUGAUGAGGC